UUUCUUUACUUCCCUCACUCUUAACAGAAAGAAACCAAAAAAAAGAAAAGAAAUCCAUAGCGAGAGAAAAACAAAAAAAGAAAAAGAAAAAGAAAAAAAAACUUAUCUGUUUGAAGAAGUGGUGCUUCGAGCUUUCAGCUUCCCCUGUGAUCACAGCGGUUGCCUGUAAUUUCUUCAAAGGUUCGCAAGAAUUGCAAUUCUUGAAGGUUUGGAGGUCAAAUUGGGUAUAAAUUCACAAUUCUAGGGUUUGCUGUUUUGAUAUUUACGGCUUAUUCUUCUUGAAUUUUCCUCUGUAUUUCGUCGAAUCAUUUAGUAUUGGUGUAAUUGGGCGUUGCCUCCAGGGUCAGGAGCUGAUUAAGCGAAGGUCGGAGAAACCCUUCUUUUGCUGAGGCCAAGUAGUACCUAUUCUGCAGUCUGGUCGAUGGCUAGGAAAGACAAGUUGCGUGGAGGUGGUUCUGCUGGUUUUGCCACUAAUUGUGGAUCGGAGGGCUCUGGCAGUUCAGGGAGAUUCGAUGCUGGAAUUUCCGUUUCAGGACAUUCAAUUGCUCCUCAGCAGAGAUGGAUAAAUAUAAAUUCUUCUUCACAUGAUGGUUUUGCUGUGCCCAUCCAUGUUAUACUGCAAUCCAAGCUGUCACCAUCUGAGAGGAAAAACUUGGUUCUGCAGUUGAGAUCUGAUAUUGAACAAAUUAGACUUCUUCAGAAGAAAGUUGAGUUUUAUAGGACAAGUGUAAUUGCAGUUUCAUCUUCUAGUGAUAUUGUUAGCUGUAGCAAUGCACAGAAAGGGCUCCCUUUAGCAAGCAAGAAGAAAUCUACAGGAAACCCUGGGUUUGGAAAGAAGUCAAACCCUCUUGCUCAGAAGACACGGGGCCUGAGCAGGGAGGUGUCAGGCAGGUUUAAAUCUGUUAAGCCUACUUCAGUACCAUCCCGUUCAAAUGCAGCAUUGAUGAAACAGUGUGAGAACUUGUUGAAAAAGUUGUUGUCACAUCAUAAUGCUGGUGUAUUUAAUAAACCUGUUGACGUAGUUAAGUUGAAUAUUCCCGACUAUUUCACUGUCAUUAAACACCCAAUGGAUUUGGGGACAAUAAAAAAGAGGCUGACUUCAGGUGCUUACUCGAGUCCACUGGAGUUUCUUGCUGAUGUGAGACUGACGUUUUCUAAUGCAUUGACCUACAACCCCCCUGGUAAUAUUGUCAAUGUCAUGGCUGACGAGAUGAGCAAAUUUUUUGAACUGAGAUGGAAAACUAUUGAGAAAAAGCUGCCUACAAACGAUGCUGAAUUAGUGGAAGAAAAAUCAGGCUUGCAUGAAGAAAAUGGAACUGCUUCAAAGAAGAGGAGACUUUCUCCAACGCAGCAUGUAGUUAUGCCAGAACUUCCUAAAUCCAAGAUGACUGAUGAAGAGAAACAUAAACUUGGUGGUGAACUAGAAGCUUCACUUGGUGAUCUACCCGACAACAUCCUUGAGUUUUUGAAGGAACUGAGUUCAAAUGGAACAGCAACUGGAGAAAAUGGAGAAGAUGGAGAAGAUGCCAUUGAGAUUGACAUUGAUAUUCUCUCUGAUGAUACUUUGUUCACGUUACGGGCGCUUCUAGAUAAGUUUUUGCAAGAGAAGCAAAAAGGCAAUGCAAGAGCUGAACCUUGUGAGAUAGAGCUGCCAAAUGGAUUGGGGCUUAGUAAUUCAUCCAUGCACCUAGAAGGAGAUAAUAACCAUGUUGAUGAGGAGGUCGAUAUUGGUGGAAAUGAGCCUCCUGUCUCCAGUUAUCCUUCACUUGAGAUCGAAAAAGAUACAGAUCCCAAAAGAGAUGAACGUAUAAAUACAGGGGGUCCCAAUGAUUCAGAUUCUAGUAGCUCUUCUGAUGAUGAGUCUGAAACUCAAAGAACACCUGAUCAUGCUGAGCAGGAUCACAGUUCACCAGUAAAGGCAGAUGGAAAGGAAGCUGGCAAUAGUUUAGCUGAAGGAAAUCACUCUAUCAGCGGCGUGGACCAGCUGGAUCAAAGUUCUCAGCAAAUGCCAUUCUCUGUUGAGUCAGAAGCAUAUCAAGAUGGGGAGAGUAGGGUCUCCCCUGGAAAGCUCUAUAGGGCUGCUCUCCUGAAGAACAGAUUUGCGGAUACAAUUUUAAAAGCUCGAGAGAAGACACUUGUUGAGGUCGAGAAGGGCGAUCCGGAGAAACUUCGUCGUGAAAGGGAGGAGCUUGAGAUGCAAAGGAGGAAAGCGAAAGCUAAGCUGCAAGCAGAAGCUAAAGCUGCUGAAGAAGCUCAAAGACGUGCAGAAGUGGAAGCUGCAGCGGAGGCUAAGAGGAGGAGAGAGGUCGAUAGAGAAGCAGCAAGACAGGCGUUACUCCAGAUGGAAAAGACCGUAGAGAUUAAUGAGAAUUCAAAGUUCCUUGAGGAUUUGGAGAUGCUGACUGCUGUCCCUUCCGAGCAGUUACACAGCUCGGUAGACGAGACCAGUCCAGAUCAUUCCCAGGAUGGAUUAGGUAGCUUCAAAUUUGGAGGCAGUAAUCCCUUGGAGCAACUUGGGUUGUACAUGAAGGUGGAUGAUGAUGAGGAAGAAUGUGAACUGGCUACUCUCCCAAGUGAUCCUAUUGAUGUUGAGGAAGGUGAAAUUGAUUAAGCUAUUACCCUCUGCCCCACUGUGUUGCUGUAUCAUAGUAUUCAGAAAUAUGUGAUAGAUUUAGUAACAUGAAUCCCUUUUCCACCUUGAAAGCCGAUUUUGUUUUAAGAAAAAAGGUACAGAUCGAGAAAAUAUGGAAAGUGUUGAUCUGGAAUUCAGUUUGCAAUUGGAUGUGAGUAAAGGAAAAAAAAAAGAAUUGUGUGGAAGUCCUCUGCUGUUUCACCUUUUCUGAU